AUGGCUUCCUUGUCCAACUUUGUCGACUUCUCCCAGCCGUCCCUCCAAUGGGCCGCGCUGUCAAUCGCCUUUAACCCUAUCUUCUGGAACAUUGUCGCCCGUGCUGAGUAUCGGAGUCACUUCUUGACUCGUAUAUUCGGUAAUGCCUACUACGGCUGCUACUUCCUCGCCGUCACCAUCUUCAGUCUGGGAAUCCUGCGAGAUCAUGUCUACCAAGUGGCCCUGGAAGACCAACCUUACUAUGCCCCUGUGCACCAACCCGUCCUCGGCGGCCUUCUCUUCGCCUUCGGCUCCGUCCUCGUCCUAUCCAGCAUGUAUGCCCUCGGUGUCACCGGCACCUACCUUGGCGACUACUUCGGUAUCCUGAUGGAUGCGCCUGUCACCGGCUUCCCCUUCAACGUCACUGGUUCCCCCAUGUACUGGGGCAGUACUCUGAACUUCUUGGGCGUUGCUCUCUACAAGGGCAAGGUGGCGGGCGUCUUCCUGACGGCCGAGGUCUUCAUCCUGUACUGGUUCGCUCUCCAGUGGGAGGAUCCCUUCACGGCGGAAAUCUACGCCAAGCGGGAACGCGAGCGUGCCAAAUCCAAGCGCGGCGGCAAGAGCUUGUAA